CGAAAAAAAGCCUGUCAGCAUUUCUAAGAAAAGUCAGCUUUGAGUUUUGCGUCAUUUCGUGUGCCCAACGAAACUAGCUUCGUUUGUAUUUUGAGAAGGUGAAAAACGAGAACAGACGCGCUUCUACACUCAGUUGGUCUGAUUUUUAAUAGUGUCAAUACGGAAAAGGAGGUUGAAAAGGAUCCACUGCCCUGCGCUGUUGUUUUAGCUGACAUACCACCAAGUCCGGAGACCAGCGCCCGGUUGCGUUGGUAUUAGAAUACCUGUCACAAGCGAAGUUUGCCUCUUCCGAAUAGCAGAUAUCGGGUGGUGGUAGUCGAUAGCAUGCAUAUCUCUCCCGUAUGCGUGUACCUGCUGCUACUCGUCAACUUCGCCUACUCAGGGCGAGUUAUGAGAAAGAUGAAGGAGUACGUGCAUCGUGCCCAACACCAGAGGGCGAAAGAACAUCUGUUGAUGCGCGCCACUUCGGGAAAAGCGCACGUGAACGACAUCAAGGAGGGCGUUAUCCACCAACCGCUGGAUCACUUUGCCGGCCAAAGCUCUGAGACCUUUCCACAAAGAUAUUUUAUUAAUGAGGAGCACUGGGAUCGUCCAAAUGGUCCAGUGUUCCUGUACAUAGGAGGAGAGGCGGCCAUCUCCACGUACAGUGUCAUGACAGGUCACCAUGUGGCCAUGGCGGAGGAGCACCGGGCCCUACUGGUGGCCCUGGAGCACAGGUUCUAUGGGACGAGCAUCAACCCAGAUGGCCUACAAACAAAAAAACUGAGCUACCUGCGCAGCCAAAAUAAUCUGGCGGACCUGGUGGCUUUUCAUCAGUUCAUCAGCCAGACGUACGGCCUGUCCCACAAAAACACCUGGAUCAGCUUCGGAGGCUCUUACCCCGGCUCUCUGUCCGCCUGGUUCCGCGGGAAGUUUCCUCACCUGAUAUACGGAGCUGUGGCUUCUUCUGCCCCCAUUAAAGCCAAGCUGGACUUCUCCACCUACAACAAGGUGGUCGGUGAAAGUCUGAUGAAUGAAGCUGUCGGAGGCUCAGAAAAGUGUUUGGGCACAGUUCGGGAAGCCUUUGCUGCUGUAGAGGCCAAGCUCCUGGGGGGCAAUCAGACGCAGGUGGGGAAGGACUUUGGCAGCUGCAAGCCGCUGGAGCAGCCGGAGGACCAGACAGAGCUCAUGCAGGGCCUGGCUGACAUCGUCAUGGGGACCGUACAGUAUGACAGAGAGGGGGCGCCACUGACCAUCGAAAGGCUCUGCGCCAUCAUCACCAAUGCGAGCGAGGCGUUCAAACAGGACGAGGCUUAUGACAGGCUGGUCAAACUUGUCAAGGUCUACCAGGACAGGGCCGGGGAAUCGUGCCUGCAGACCUCCUUCGCUCAGAGCAUUCAGGAGCUGAAUGACACCACCGUGAAGCCCAGCGGUGUCGGCGAGCGCCAGUGGCUUUACAGACCUGCCACCGGUUCGGCUUACUACCAGACUUGUGAGAAUGCCAGCUGCCCCUUCUCCCGCAUGCUGACCCUGCAGGCUCAGACAGUACUCUGCCCCCUGCUGUUUGGGGUGUCUCAGAGCAGCCUGGCCUCAAACGUCGCGUUCACCAACAAGUACUACGGCGGAGACCACCCGCUAACGCACAGGGUGCUGUACGUCAACGGGGACAUCGACCCCUGGCACGCACUGGGCAUGCUCCGCAAUGGCACCGCGAAGGCGGAUAAGGACAGAGCGAUCCUCAUCGGGGGCACCGCCCACUGCGCCGACAUGAGCUCCGCCCGCUCCGGGGACCCGCCCACCCUCACAGAGGCGCGCCGGGAGAUUGAGAUGCAUGUCGCCAGUUGGCUGAAGAGCGCCACUUUGGAGCUCCUGUAAUGGGCGUCAUGGCAACCCGCACCGGGCUGCCUGAUCACAUACCCAAUGAUCUGAGUGACUGCAAGGCUUGAACCGCUGCAACUACACCAACCCACACCCUUCCCCAUUACCCACAUCCUGCAACACCCCACCCGCCAAACUACACC